CCGCAGCAGGUUGGUCCUGGAGCAGAUGAGCGCAGAAUAUUUAGGCGAAAGCGAGGGGAGGGGGGAGCGCGGGCAGGAGGAGUACCUCGGCCAAGAAAAUUAUGCAUGCGUUAGGCAAGCUCUGAGAGAAUGGCUGUGGAAGCUCUCCACUGUGGUUUGAAUCCACGGGGUAUUGAUCACCCUGCCCAUGCUGACGGAAUUAAACUGCAAAUUGAAGGCGAAGGUGUAGAAUCUCAAUCCAUUAAGAACAGAAAUUUCCAGAAGGUAUCUGACCAAAAAGGAACCCCCAAGAGACUUCAGGGAGAAGCUGAGACAGCAAAGUCAGCUACAGUGAAGCUGUCAAAACCAGUGGCCCUGUGGACCCAGCAGGAUGUCUGCAAGUGGCUGAAGAAACACUGUCCAAAUCAGUAUCAGAUCUACAGUGAGUCAUUCAAGCAGCAUGACAUAACUGGUAAAGUCUGCAGUAUCCAAGGCUCCUCUCGUUCCAUUCCCCUCCCCUCCCAUCACAAUGGCCGUUCUCUACCCGUACACAAAAAUCUUCCUGCGGAAGUUUCCUGGUAUAACUUUUCUUUAAAAUAGGUAAUAAAUUCCAGAAGGCAUGAACCAUGAUUUGAAUGAAUCAGGUAGUUAGUGGAUGAAAGUAGGUUUUGAAUAUUUAAUGCAAGUAUAUGGGGCAGACAGAGUUGGUGGAUCCUAGAGUAAACAAGAAUGCCUCAGUCCUGGUGAAGAGAGAAAGUCGUUCAGGUCAACUCGGUUGGGGAUUUUGUGAAGAUGCAGAGUUCCUCUGUGGGAGAAUCUUUCCCUUUUUUCUCUCAUUAGACCAAGCAGAUUGACUUUUCUGACUGAUUAGCUACACGUGUGUAACUGAUUAUGUGAGAGAGUCAAUAGUAGAAAGUCACUUUCCCUGCCAAACCAAGCAUAUCCUGUCACACAAAGUGAGGCCCACUCUGCUUGGUCCCAAACCAAGGGUGUCUAAGUUUGUAAAGUGAAAUUGUCACUAAGAUAAACACGUUUAAAUCACAUAGUGAAACUACUUUUCUAUCACAGAUAUGAAAACCUUCCACUGAAGAGAUAAAGAAGGAUUUGAAAUCAGAAAAGCAGGAUGGUAGAAUUGCUGCAGAGGCCUUUGCUAUCACUCCUCUUGGCAGGAGAUGGCAUGGGUGAGGAAGUGAAUAUACCCACCCUCAUGCCCACCACUACAGCAGGAGGAACAUAUCUGGACUUCACUUGCGACUCUGCUGUCUGGAGCAGAUCUCACACCUCCCUAGAUAAAAUUUGGAGGGGGGUUAUCAGAGUAAAUUCAAUGGCACCCCUGAGCCAUAGAGAAACAAGUGUGAGGAAUAUCAGAUAUAGGGGAGAGUGUCAUCAAGAGCAGCCCCCAUCAUGGCUAUCUUACAUACUUCACUCAUUAAGGAAGGCUAUCAUGGAAACAGGGUUCUAGACUCUCAAGAUUUUUGAAACUGUAUAUCUGGAUCACUUUAGAGUCUUACUAUUUAAGUAACGAGUAAUUACACAAUAAACAUGUCCAGAUAUUGCUCAAGCUGAUUUAACAAAGGGUGAAAUCCUAACUCAAAAAGAGUCAUUUACUGUAUAUCCCCAAACCACUGCUAAUGGCCCUUUAGAAUGAAAUUCCUAGAAUCCUAAAGGAAGUGAGGACACAUAGCGUUGAAGUGUCUAGACUUGAUAUCCUAUCCUUUGUCUUAAAGUAUACCUAUAAGAAAAGCCCACAGAGGGUCUGUUGAUCCAUGCCAAGAGUGAUCAGUCUAUUAGCAUCCAUUUGCUUGGUAAUAGUUAUCUCUAUCAGAUAAUGGCUGUUUAUUGUUCCUUAACUCCUGCAAGAUGGUAAUGGUACUGCCUCUUCACAAUCUUACUGGAGAGUGGAGGUCUCACUUAUUAAUUGUGGGAAUUAUGGCAUGCCCCCAGGAGACAGAUGAGUCUCAUAAAGGCUUAUACAGGGAAGAUGAACAGUACCCUCAGAGUGAAUGACCUUAGCGUUGAGGAAGUAACCAAGUGCUCAGCCAAGUGCCCUGAAAAAAGGAAUGGGAACUAGGUGUGUGUCGUACGGCUGCCACGGUGCUCUGCGGAGCUUCUUUGGUAUCCACAAAACACCCAUUGUGUCAGUAAACUACCACAGGGCUGAGUAAGGUAAAACUGCUUACUCCAGCAAAGAAGUCAACCUCAUGUCUUUACCCCCAAGAUAAAGAUAGUCUUAAAAUAUCAGAGUUGGGGAAAUCAAAUGGUAUAAAUAAGCCACCACGCCAACCACUCUACCUGCAAAACUGUGUUAUUUAUGUCAAGU